GAUGCCUUUCAAGAAGCCAGAUUUUACUGCAACUGUGCGAUACAACAACGGAGUUUGGGAAGAUGACGGGAUAAAAGUGGAGGGAGGUGAUGUUUCCGGGGAUGCUGUCACGUUCACUGGUGGUCAGGCUGGUCCACCAUGGAGGGACAAACACUCACAACCAUCUUCCAGCUACCAGAAAACCCCUUUCAGACCUGCUCCAGUAAUUCUGGGUCUCCUGUGUCUGCUGCUGUUAGUGGGGAUCAGUGUCCUGUUCAAACUCUAUGUUGCAGCUGUUUUGAAAAUAAAACAACCAAUAACUGAGUUUGAAGAGUCGAUAAGACACAGUUCUGAUAACCUGAGCAGCAGUUUCUGCAGAUUCAAGACAGAGAACCAGGCAGAGUGGGAGAAAGCAGAAUGGCACAGGAUUGGAUGUCAUUGUUACUACAUGUCUACUGAGAAGAAAAACUGGACUGAGAGCCAGAAAGACUGCGAGAGAAGAGGAGCAACCCUGCUGAUAAUAAACAGCAAACUUAAACACGAACUUUUAACUAAUCUGAUUAAACGUGGAGAUAAUGAAGAUUCCUGGAUUGGUCUGGAAAGAGUAGCAACAAAGGAGUGGAGGAAGAAAUGGCAAUGGGUGGACGGAUCAGAGCCGAAAUAUACGGUCUGGGAGGCUGAUAUAAACGUGAACCCUGAGGAGGACUCCAAAGUUUACACUGACCCACAUGGAAAAUGGAACUACAGAACAAAUGGUUCAAAAUACUGGAUCUGUGAGAGGAAGCUAUUUGAAGUUGUAGCCUAGCAUGUAUUAUCUAAGUCCAAUUUCUGGAUAUGAAUCUUUGCAGGUGCUUCUUAAUGCUUUAAUAUUAUUAUUAUUUCUAGUCCUAAGAAAAAGAAAGAAUUUAAUACUGCCAUUAAUUAGUGUAAAAGCACACUAUGGCUUUCGGCAUUUAUGCUUCUCAGAGCAGUGGAAGCUAAAAUGACAGAAUGUCCUGAGGUGAAAUGUACAGGAAAAAUUAUACAAUGUGUUUAUAAGGAAAUAAAUCUUACUGUAUAUUUGAUUCAUUUUAUAUAUCCAGUGCCAUGUAUUGCACAAGUUGGCAGAAUUUGCUCUGAAAGGGUAAAAAUGAGCUAAACAAAGCUAAAACCUUUACAUGAGGUACUUAUUUACAUGGCUAGUGAAGUUGUUGCCUUUGGUUGAUGUUGCAGUGGGAUUUAAUUUUGUGCUAGUAAAUAUUAAAAGGAAUGGACGCUCUUGCAUAACUAGCAAAUAAAAUC